AUGGUUCCAAAGACUCGAGCCAUGACGGGCUCGACUAGUAGCCGAAAGCGAAGCCAUGUAGCUUCAUCGGAACUCCAGUCCCGUUCAACGGCGUCAGGUUUAUCUGAAGCGGAUGCUGUGACGCGUCAAGAUGGCAAUCAGAUCGCAAACCAGACGACUGGCUCGCCUCAGACGCCUAAGCGUCGGCAGAAACGCGCUCGUUUCUCUGAUCCAGGUCCUUCAUCGAUCACCAGACGGCCCAGUGGAACGACAGGGCUCACUCCAGCCAUGGGCCAUGCGGGUAUUGAUGGACGUCGACGCAGUUCAGGGGCUCAGACUCCUUCGCGACCUAGCCGACGACAGUCUGCCCCCGUCUUCCUUUCGGAAACCUUGAUGGAUCCAGAACUUGUCGGACGGACCGAACCCAUCACUGUUCAGUUCACCCCCUUCCGCCAGAUCCUAGAUGCUAGAGCUCGCCGCCGCUUGGUGCGAUCUGGCCUCAGUGACGUGAUGAACAGAUUCGAUAGCGAGAAAAAGGAUCUUAAGAAAGCAGCUGCUGAAAUUGAGUCUUUACAAAAGAAGUUGGGCAGUUAUGAAUCGGCACAAGCAUCAGGGGCACACGACAAUAAUAUUUUCAACGACAACUUUGAGACUAUUCUCAUCGAUGACGAUACGGUAGACGGUACCAUGGUCAUGUCAGAUUCUCCGACAUUCAACCGUUAUGGUGAUGCUCAUGGUUUGAGCUCGGACAACUCGGCCAGCCCGGAGGAGACAUCUCCGAUUACCCCUCACACAGGUUUCAGUCAUCCAGUUUCCAUCAUGGAUGAUCAGUCCUCGGAGGAACUGCGAAUGAUGGCAGAGGACUUGGCGGCUGCGCGCAAAGAGAAACAAGAUCUUUUCAACGAAUGGCGCAAGCUAAACCCACUAUCUUCAACUGAGCCUGAAGCAGAGGCCACCACUCCUCCAGCGGACUUCAUGAAGCAAAUUGUGCCUCGAUUAGAGGCUGCCCUUAGGACAGAGUCUGAUCUUACUCAGGUUCUCAAAGCGACCCAAGACGAGCUUAAUCAGAUGGGAUUCUCGGGUCCCAAUAUCGACGCCAUACUUGCCCAGAUGCGUGACACCUUCGAAUCAGCACGAGAGGAACUCAAGGGUUAUAGAUCUGAAGAGAAACUACCACCUCGUUUCAAUGGCAAAGUAAUUCUAAAAGCCUUCAUUAUACAUCUUCGACAGGUUUCCAACGCUCUAAUCCUUGAGCACAAAGCCAAAAUGACGGUAUGUGAGGCCCACGAUUCUCUCAGACAACAGUUUGACUACACCCUCAUACUUCUGGACAAGGAGCGCACCAAAGUCAGGAAUUUUGAAGGCAGCAAAGAGGACGAUGCUGAGGAUAUGCUUCGAGUUCGAAUGCGCCUGCAAGAAGUUGAGCGGGCACUGAAGGAGAAGGAAGAUUCAAUCGCAAAACUCAAUACGGCCCUCAAAAAAUACUACAAGGACCAGGAGACUCACGAAAAUAUUAUCUCAGAACUGGAGAAACAACAGCAGGAAGAACAACACAUCUCAAAACGGCGGAUUAAGGAUCUGGAAGAUUCUGUGAACUCUAUCACCAACAUUGCCGAUUAUCGAUCGAAGACGAUUGAGGAGUUCAAGAAAUCUCUGAUAGAGAAGGAAAAGGAAUUAGCAGACCUUGCCAAGCAUGUUGGCAACCUUAUUGAAGAGAACAAGAAACUUGUUGACCGUAUCGUCGAACGAGACCAGAAAAUUGGACAUCUCAAUACUCGCAUUGCAGAUGUAUCGACGGAACUACAGUCUACCCAAGCCGAUCUUGCAAAAACAGAAGAGCUCAAUAAGAUGUUGCAAGCGCACAACAAACAGCAUGUGGAGGCUCGCGACCGGAUCGAAGCCCUCUUCCAGAACUCCAUGUCGAAAUUUGCCAAGGUCUUCGAUAUCGAGCGCAAGAACGAGAAGCGGCGCGAAAUUACGGAGAAGAUUCUUAUAGGCACUGACUCCAACAACGCGCAGUCUGAGCCUAGUCUUCCGACAAACUCUCCUUUGAAGAAGUCUCUUAAUGGUGCUUUGGAGAACGUACGUCUGGGCCGCGGCAAAGAUCGUCGUACCUUGUCCAGCAGCGAGCUUGGACUGGAUAGCGGCAUUGGUGGAUCAGAACCGCAGACCGACGUGCCUGCAUCCGAUGCUUUCUUGGAAGCUAUCGACGAAGAAGACGCGAGCGUCGAGUAA